AUCUCAUGUGCAUGUGGGGCUAUCAACCCGUUACCAUUUGACUUGCUUUUUCAGGUUUGUCGCGUUUCAAUUAUUGUCGUCGAAUAGGUUUCCCUGCUCUUUUCUAAACAGUUUCUAGGAAGGGGUAAAAAUCCAUUUGAGUGUUUCUACGAAGGCUUACAAGGGUCAUAAGGAGUUGUGGUGAUGAAGCCAUUCUUCAUUAUUAAAAUCGCUUCUUCGCCAUUUUUAUAAACUCUCUUUUCUUCCAUAACUUUGUUUCUUCUCUGCAAGCUUUAAGAUCUUAAUUUUCCAGUUAUUUUUGCACCGAGAUACCCUGCGCAAGGACUAAGAUAAGGAGCUAGAUUGAGACAAAUUUUAGAGUGUUUUUUUGCUAACAUGCCCCUGCUGAAGUUUCUUGAUCUUUCUAGAACUGGCAUUAAGGUUCUACCUAAUUCCAUAUGUAACUUGGAAUAUCUCACUGCACUGAUCCUCUGUCGAUGUGAGAGUUUAGAACGCAUGCCUUCCUUGUCAAAGCUUAAAGCAUUGAAGAAGUUGGAUUUGGAUGGAGCAGGCCUUCGUGAGGCUCCUGAAGGCAUUGAAAUGUUAGAAAAUCUGGAAUAUCUUGAUUUAUCUUGUCCCAACCUGAGGAUGCUACCAUGGGGAAAAAUCAGUAAGCUCUUCCGUCUCCAAUUCCUACGUAAACGUCGGAUUUUUUCAACUGAAAGAAGAGGAGAAGAAGUAGCAGGAUUGAAGAUGGUGGAAUGGUUUGAAGGUAGAUUUGAUUGGGUGAAAGACUUCAGCAGUUUUGUUAGCAAGUUGAACCAUUUUGGAAGACCCAGUCAUUACUUUAUCGAAGUGGGAGGCACGGACAAAGGUGAGGAGGGGCAUUUUUGGAAGUUCAAGAAUAAUGAUCUUCCUAAACAGGUAAUUUUAUCCAGAUGCGAGAUAGGAGAAGAAGAUGAGUUGGUCCUCCCAGAUGAUCUUCAGGAUUUGAGGAUUGAACACUGCAAUGCGGCCAAUGAUAUUUCUAUUUUUCAGAAAGAUUUGACUCAAUUGCGAACAUGUGCUUUGAAAUACUGCGGAGGGAUAGGGUGUGUGGUCUCUUUGUCAUCAUCUUCAUCUACUUCCUUGACAGUUAUGAAUAACCUUGAAUCACUAACUCUUGUGGGUUUGCCCAACUUGCGGAAUGUUGUUAAAGUGGAAAAAACAAGAGCAUCGCUUGCACCAACAAUAUCCCCUCACAUCUUUUCCAAUCUUAAAGAGCUGAGGCUAUGCGAUUGUUCAAAAUUGAAGAAGAUUUUUCCAUGUGAGCUGCUGCAGGGUCAGGGCCUCCAAAACGUGGAGCUGAUUGACGUGAAUAAUUGUUGGGAGAUGGAGGAAAUAAUAGGAUGGGAAGAGGAAGGAAAUCAAACAACUAUUCCAAUAUUGAUCACUCUUCCAAAAUUAAGGAAAUUAGAGUUGCAAUUCCUACCAGAAUUGAAGAGAAUCUGCCCCGAAAGAGGAGUAAUGGUUUGUGAAUCUCUCAAUAGCAUCAAGAUCAAUUCCUGUCUGAAGGUAAAGAGGAUUCCCCUUUGUCUUGGAAGGGAAAACGAGCAACCAUCACUUCCUGCUGUCGAAUCUAUCUAUAUUUUCGAUUCAAAAGAAUGGUGGGAAUCGUUGGAGUGGGAGAAUCCUGACGAUAAGAUUGUCCUCCUUCCUUUCCUCAAAUAUAUUGAGCUCAGCUGCGGCACUGUGGUAUCUAUUGAAUAUAGUUCUGUUUAGCAUUUCCUUCUGCCUCUACGAGUUUCAAUUAUCAAUUGACUAGUUUCUAAUGUGCAGCUCAGCUCAGGGAGCAAGAACCUGAAUGGAUAUCCUGAGUCAUCCAUUGGAUAUCAAUCUAGUCAAUCUGUGUCCACUUUCUAAUGCCCGGUCCAGGCCGCAUCUCUUACCAUCUCAAACCUAUAUCUUCAACACAACAACAUAGACAGCUAAGGAAAACAGAAAAAAAAUGGGACUCACGCUCACUUCAAUCCAAUGAAAUCUCUGUUGUAAU